AAGAAAGCAAUUAAAGAUGAAAGCACAUACAACAAACCACUAUGUGAUCAAGUUCAUUUCUUUACCUCCUCACAUAGAAUGAUCAGGACACCCACAACCACCACUACCGCCGCCGUCAUAACCACCGUGCUACUAUUCCUUGUCAUCCUCCUCAUCACCAUCCAACAACUUCUUCAAUCCCAAAAAAUGUCAACUUCACCAAACCCAACUCCAAUAAACCCCUACAAACGCCUCCACAUCAUCCCCAACUCCUACGGCACACUCACGCGCCUCCCUGAAUUCUUCCCCACCGUCCCACCCUCCACCACAAACUCCACCGCUCUUUCUCUCUCCAAAGACGUCGUCAUCAACACCGAAAAGAACACCUGGGUUCGAAUCUUCCUCCCUCGAAACGUUUCAGAUCUCGAAACUUCCUCCUCAAAGAAGCUCCCAAUACUUCUAUUCAUUCAUGGAGGCGGGUUUAUUCUCUGCAGCGCCGCCUCCCCUGUUUUUCACGAGUUUUGUACAAAUAUGGCGAGUCGACUCAGCGCGUUGGUUAUCUCGGUCGAGUACAGACUCGCCCCUGAGCAUCGCCUUCCUGCUCCAUACGACGACGUUUUAGAGGCGUUGACUUGGGUCAAAGAAAGGAAAGACGAGUGGAUAACAAAGCAUGGAGAUUUAUCGAGGUGUGUUCUGAUGGGGGAGAGUGCAGGGGGUAAUAUAGUCUACCAUGCUGGAUUAAAGGCAGCAAAUCAGAUCAACGAUUUUAAACCGUUGAUUAUCAAAGCCAUGAUCUUGAUCCAACCGUAUUUUGGUGGUGUUGACCGCACUGAAUCCGAAAUCCGUUUGGGAAAUGAUGUAGCCUUGCCUUUGGUGGUGAAUGAUUUAAUGUGGGACCUAGCUUUGCCCGUCGGGUCGAACCGGACUCACGAGUAUUGUGACCCGUUUGUAGGUGACGGGUUGAAGUUAUGGGACCGGGUUCGGGAUUUGGGUUGGGAGAUUGGGGUCGCGGGUUGCGACGGUGACCCGCUUUUUGACCGGAAUGUGGAGUUGGUUAAGGUGUUGGAGCGAAGAGGUUUGAGUGUAAGGGCUAUGUUCGACAAAGGUGGUAGUCAUGGAAUGUUUGUAUCUGAUAUUUCUAAGACGAUUGAAUUGUUUGAGUUUGUUAACAAGUUUUUCAUUUUUAAGGAUUAAUAAAUUUGUCUUUGGUUAAUAAUGUUACUUAGUUUCUUAUUGCGUAA